UGUCGAUUAAGUAUUAUCCAUUUGCGCUUAUUCACAGAAUAAUAGGAUAUUCUGUUGGCCUUGGCUAUUUGGGUUUUUUUCUAUUUCCAGUUACUUGGCUUCAGUUACAUCUGUAAUAAACUGAUCUAAUACUCGAUGAACUUUGACCCAGUACAGCCCAGCCUAAUCUCCUUGGUUUUGUGCUUUGGCCCAGAUCACGGUGAUCAAAUCAGUAGGCCUAUUGUUGACAUUGUUGUUUUGCUUUCAUCCAGAGAACAACAAACAUCGUCUGCUGCCCAAGGAAAGGAUGAAGAAACAUUUACUUGUUUCACUUUUUCUUAUGUUUUGGUUGAAUCGAUGUGAGGCAUGUGGAGCAAUUACUCACAUAGAAAUAAGUUACAGAGCCUUGUUCAACUUCAGAGAUGAACUCGGAAAUGAGAGCUAUGGCAAGAUCAUCAGUAAACACCAAGAUGCUUUGGAAGCUGGCAAUGCUUUCCCUGACACAUUUUAUCCUGAUGUUUGUUUUCAGGGGAAGUACCACGAUGUAUCGGAGGAUACACACUGGACACCUUUCAGCAAUGUCACCAUCAACUACAUAAGAAAUCGUUACCCACAGCCAUGGGAUGAGAGCACCCAGAAACUGGUAGCCUUCUUAAUGGGAGUAGUCUCCCAUCAGGUGGCAGAUGUCUCGUGGCACUCGUUAGGAAUCCCACAAGGCUUUCUGUCUACCAUGAGUUUUACGAAUUAUCAUGGCGUCUAUGGCACAGCGCACCAUGAUGGAGACCUUGGAGGUGAAGUUUUGAACUUGUAUCAACUGGACCUGAGUUAUAGUGACAUCGUAGGAGAAUGGUAUAUACCAUCAAAUGACUUGAUCAACAUCUAUGAAGCAUAUUAUGGGAAACUGGUCAUAGACUCUGACGUACUGGAGACCUGCUCAAAGAUAUCGUAUCUUGCAAAAGUCGCAGAAAGACUGGUUGUUAGAAAGUACUUUCCUAUAACUGCCAAGAACAGUCCCUUCUUGGUAGACAAUCUGUACAACUAUUUCCUCGGGGGAAUCGAAGACAUGACUGUGUGGACACAGCGUAUAUGGAAGUACAUCGCGUGGGGUCUGGAGCAUGGAACUCAACAAUGCAAUCUUGAUCAUAACCCUCUCUUCCUCCGCUGCAAUGAGACAAGCGACUCUAGCCUUUUACAAAGACAACGCUCAACUGCUUCAAAAAAUGGAUUUUACAUGAAGCCUCAUCCUGAUCUUAUGAAUCUAAUGGAUGAGGUUGUGGUGAAGAGACACGGGAGAGGAAUUACUUUACAACCCAGUGAUGCCUUGAGAGAAAAGAUGGCUAAAACAGGCUAUGUGAAGGACCAUGCCGGCCAUAGCUUACCACAGGGCUCUAGCCACAGUGGGAAUAAAACCGUCAAUACAGAAGUGAAGGACACAGUUGAAGCUGAACGUACACGCACUCCUGAUUUUGUGUUCACAUCUAGAUUGCCUUACAGCAAGCUUGGCAGUGCCUUUGCUGUUGCCGACUUGGACCAGGAUGGAAAUGAGGACCUUGUGGUGGGAAGUCCCGGGCACUCGUCCCCGUCUCAUCAGCAGAACGGCAUGGUCUUCAUUCUCUUUGGUACUAAGGAUGGUCUGAAACUUAUUCAUUCUGAAAUCAGUGAAGCGGCGGAUAUACAGAUACCUGGUCCCGAAGAAAACAAUGGUGCCCAUUCUCAGUUUGGUUCAACCUUGAGCGUUGUAGACUUUGAUCAGGACGGAAGUCUGGACAUUGUCGUAGGAGCACCGAGCUUAGGCUCUGUCAACCUGACCUAUACGGGAGGUGCGUUUGUGUACUCCAUCUCAAAGCGGCGCAAGUUUGAACUGAAAGAGAUUCUUCAGUGUAAGGAACUUUACUGUAAUCUGGGAUCUACUUUGGCCUCCGGUGACUUAAACUCUGACCAGUUUGAUGACAUCAUCAUCGGGUCCCCCUUUGCGCCUGGUCAGGGGGAGCAGCAAGGCAUGGUGGUCGUGGUGCCCUCUGACGGUCUGCUUACUGGUAAAUCUGGAAUUAAUUUGGACGUCUCUCAGGCAGAGCAGAUCUUCUAUGGCAGUCAGAACUACAGCUGGUUUGGCAGCAGCCUUGACGUGAAGAAAUUUGUUGGAAAAGAUGAGACAUGGGUUGCUGUUGGAGAGCCAAAUUAUCGGAGAUGUUCACUAGCAAACUGCACCUACAACAGCAGGGAUACUCAAGCAAUCGGCAAAGUCACCCUCAUGAAGGCCAAAGAUAAUGUCGUCACUCCGCAACAUAAGCUGUUUGGAUCUGAGGAGUUUGAAAUGUUUGGAGCCAGUGUCAGCUUAGGACGUCCUUACGGAGGGCGGUCAGAAAUAUUGGCUGUGGCAGCCACAGGAAAAUCUGUAGAAGCUAAGGUGGAAUAUAUCCCCUUUAGCUUCCCUCAAGUGGGUUCAGUCUACCUUUAUAACUUGUCAAACCCUGUGAAGCCCAUCGCUGUUUUCAAUGGUGACAGACGCUAUGGGCGCUUUGGGGCCCAGGUCAAGUUUGCUGAUCUAAAUGGAGACUUUGUGGAUGAUCUCAUCAUUGGAGCCCCCCUUCGCACCAAAGAUUUAACCGAGGAAGUUGUCGGAGCUGAACAAGGCCUGGUGUACAUCUACUAUGGGGGCAGCAGAUUUCCAGUAGGAGACGCCACUAAUGAAUGCAGACCUCUGACUCCGGUCAAUCCUUGCCCUGGAGUGACGGCUUCUGUUGUGCUGAAUCUCAAAGAGAACUUGGCUCGCUUUGGUUCCCAGAUUGCUGUCGUCAAAGGGAAAAAGAAGACUAACCUGCUUGUGACAGCUGAAAACAGUUCUCGAGGAGCACGACUUUCUGGAGCUAUUGCGGUGUACAACUUUUAGCUUCAUGCUGGCUGAUUUGAUUCCCGAUUUCACAGCAGUGACUCUUGUUAUCUGGCAAAAAUCAAUCAAGCAGGCUCAAGAUUUGGAAAUAUUUUCUCUUAUUGAUGUAAAAACUGCUGAACAGGAGUGUGGCAACCAGAAGUCUUUCAGAAAUUUCUUCAUUUUCAAAAUGUUUUAAUGUUCCUCUUGUUUUUGUAAGAAUGUGUUUGAAGCAACGAUAAUCAAAAGUCUUGUUUCUGUGUUGGUUUACAUUUCUAAAUAUCAUAUUAACCAAGCCUUGAUAAAGUUGUACUUUUCGGUCAACCCAAUGUCAUUAAAAGUAAAUUGUUCAGAUUUGGGUGUCAUAUUCUCAUAUAAGUGUACAGUAAUUCUGUUCUCAGUUCAACAUAACAAAGGGCACAUUUCUGGCCAUCAGAUAGAACUGUCAACAUUUAAGAAAUGUCCUGCAAAAGUCCUGUCAUUUUGCAUUCCAAUAAUAUUUUUGUACUUAUCAGAGUUGAGUCAAGUUGUACGAGGUCUGUCUCAAAAUAAUGUUUCCCUGUCAUGCUGUCCUCACAUAAAAUUAUAAAUCACCUUGUAUUUAGUAUCAACAGAAAGCUUAUUCAUAUACCCUUUCAACGAAAGAACCAUCGAGUUCCAGACAUUUCUCCAAUCGAUGUACCAAGCUGUCAGUGGUCAGUGAUCGUUUGUCCAAGGUCCUGAGUGCUUUUCUCAACCUGUAGUAGUCACCAUUGACAGUUACGCCAGGUGUGACUAGCCAGCUCAAUAUGAUGCCACUCAUGUCGAAAAAAA